AGUUCAUUUCCGAAAACAUAUCUGCAUAUAUAAUUUUCCGUCCUUCACUAUUUCAUCAUUUUUUUCUCCAAAACUUCUCCAAACCCUCUCCAAAACUCAAUCAAUCUUCAUCCAUUUUUCGUCCUGAAAUCAAGUUUCAAACCGUUGAUCACGUUACAGGGAGCAUAGAAAGCUACAAUUUGAGGUAUGGUGCAUCCGGACAACAUUGUGCAAGACAAUGACGUAGUAGUUCAGGAAGUUGUCAACGUUAAUAACGAUCCGGUUAUCGAAGUUUAAUCUAUGAUCAAUGCGGUUGAUGUACGACAACAAUUUACAAAUGAUCGGAGCUUCGGUAGUCGUGAACAAUUUCUUGAUUGGGUUCGUAACGAAGCUAGUAAACUUGGAUUUAGAAUUGUUAUUUUAAGGUCCGACAAUGGAAAUAGUAGGCGAAAAGCUUUCGUUGUUUUGAAUUGCGAACGGGGUGGGAGUUAUGUACAAUCAAACUGGGUGCUAAAACACGAAGACACGGGAUCGAGAAAGUGCGGGUGUCCGUUUAAGUUGCGUGCUACUCGGAGGGUUGAUGAUUUGUGGCGUUUAAGCGUCAUUUGUGGAGUUCAUAAUCAUGCCUUGGAUGCCAAGUUACACGGGUAUCCAAUGGCGUGUCGUUUGUCUCAUGAAGAGAAGAUUGUGAUUUCGGAUUUAUCGAUAGUUAAAGUGGCGCCUCGCAACAUACUUGCCGAUUUGAAUCGGAAAAAACCGGAUAACGUUUCAAAUAUCAAGCAAGUUUACAAUGAACGACACAAUCUCAAAGUUUUGAAAAUGGGCCCUCGGUCGGAAAUGCAACAACUUUUGAAAAUAUUAGGCGAUAACAAAUAUGUGUCAAGCUUCCGAACGUCCGAGGAUAAAGUUACGGUGCGUGAUAUUUUUUGGACUCAUCCUGAAAGUAUCAAAUUAUUCAACACAUCUCCAACCGUUCUAGUUAUGGAUUCGACGUACAAGACAAACAAAUAUAGGCUUCCUCUUCUAGAGAUAGUCGGUGUGACCUCGACGAACAAGACUUAUUCGAUCGGGUUUGCUUUUUUGGAGUGUGAAAAAGAAGAAAACUUUACAUGGGCUUUGGGAAUAUGCAAGUCUUUGUUAGUUGAUCAAAAGGUUAUGCCAAACGUCAUUGUCACCGACCGGGACAAUGCUUUAAUGAAUGCGGUCGAUACCGUCUUCCCGACAUCUACCGUGUUACUUUGCCGGUAUCGCAUAACUUGCAACGUGAGAAGUAAGUUGAAACCCGCGGUUGGGACAAAAGAUAGGCCGGAUGAAAACGGUAAAGUUAUCAAAGCCGGUGUUGUGGUUGAUAGGAUAAUGGCGGCAUGGAGGGAAAUUUUAAAUGCAUACUCCGAAGAGGUGUAUACCGAGAAAUUGGUACACUUAAGGUCUUUGUGUGGUUCCAUUAAGACUUUUUGUCAUUACGUCGACUCCACCAUUCUUGACAAAGUCAAGGAAAAAGUCGUGUGUGCUUGGAAAAAUCGAGUUAGACAUCUUGGUUGCCCCACGACUAACCGAGUUAAAUCCGCACAUGCGGUUUUGAAGAGGUGGUUGGGUGAUAGCAAGGGAGAUUUGUGUCGGGGAUGGGACACCGUGAACCAAAUGCUCCAAAAUCAACACAAUGGAAUUCAAACAUCGUUCGGUCGGAGCAAGACGGUUAUGGAACACCGGUAUAAGGGCCAAAUUCUAUACUCCCAAUUGAUUUCCAACAUAUCCCAUCGGGUUUGGAUUUUUUGUUUCAUGAAGCGAAGCGGUCGGAGACCACGGGGCCGGAUAGUUCUUUAUGUGGGUGCACCAUUAGAAAGACAUACGGCCUUCCAUGUGCUUGUAUACUUUCAAAAAAGAAGAAGUUGAAUUCACCAAUACGCAUGGGUGAGGUAGCCGACCAUUGGAAGAAGCUUCGUUUUGAUGAUUUUGACCCGCCGAAAGAAAAUGACUCCAAAAUCACCAUCGCUGACGAGUUGGAAGUGAUAAUGGAGAAGUUUGCUAAUGCGGAUGACACAAUGAAAAUGCACAUAAAAGAACAAUUACAGAAAAUUGCAUUUCCGGAGACCACCGAUUUGAAACCGCCAACUCAACCGGUUAAAACGAAAGGUGCACCGAAAAAGUCCAAAAAUACACAAGAAGACACAUCAAGAAAACGAUCUCCUUCCUACUUUGAACAUGUUGAUGCAUCAUUCCCGGAUUCACCGACACCGAAGUCCAACUGUAGUGGUGUCAUACCCUAAUUUUGACCCCCCCUGAGAUGUCAUACCUCUAAGUACCUCAUCAAACUCAAGACAGGUACUCAGGGCAAUCACUUGUUUGUCUGAUACCCAGUCGAGGGUGCUCGAGGACAAAAAGUUCAAGCAAAGGAUCAAUCAAUAUGAGAAUAACCUCUAAUGCAAUCAUAGGAUUUAAAUGAUUCAUUUAUUCACCUAUGUUGAUUAGACAGCAGUUAUCAGCACUGAGGUUUGCUCAGCUAAGGUUUUUAUCCCAUCGAGGACUGAAAUCAGGGACCACAUUUGGGAAACCCUAAAAAGCUCCAGGACACCUAUCAAUUGGUUUAAUCAUCUUAAAAUAAUCCAUAUGAAAAUAUCCAUAAGUCAUUACACUUCAAUUCAAGAUCUACAGUCAUCAAUUUCAUCUGGUCGACAAUUAGGGUUUUUGACCUAAUUCACCAAAAUAGUUGACUUUUAAUUAGGACAUGGUGCCACAAUUCAAAGAAUGGCUCAAUAUCCUCCAAUAAAUCAAUAUGAUCCAUUCAUACCAUUCAUUUGAUGAGGAUAGCUUAAUUCACUUGAAAUCUCCAGAAACACGAUUCACUUGAAAAAGUCAACAAUACAAGAUCACCAUUGACUUUUUGGAAAUUUUAGUCAACCAUGACUUUUGAAGUUUUAAAUCAUCAAUAUAUGAUAUUUGAAGUCAUUUGAUCAAGGAAAAUCAAGAAAAUCAAUCAAGAAUCAAAAAGUCAAAGUUUGACUUUUCACACUUAGAAAAUUUUCUAAGUGUUUUCAAGUGGUUUUUACCAAACUUUGGAAGGGAAUAUCUCAAAAUUUCACCUACAAAAUGAAAAAAACUUCCAACAUGAAAGUUGUAGAUUUUGAUCCAUUGAACAACUUUGUCACAUAUGAUUUUUUGCCUAGAAAUCAACCAUUGAAGAGAUAUGGAGCUUCAAAGUGACUGCCUUCACAAAACUAGCAAGAAAACCCUUGUUUUCUUCAAACUUUAUGGGACUUUUUCACUAACUUCCCUAAGGAUUUUGGGCAAACACUAAACUAAUUAAUUGAAGUACAUAUCAAGGGCUUUUCAAAUUGUAUUCAAUCAUCUUCUAAUUCAUUAUGAGCUAAGAGAUAUGGUUAAUCAAAGUUUGGACAUUUGAAGUGAAAUUAUGGGUCAUGUCCAAAUUUGAAUUUUGCAAACUUUGUACCAAUGCCUCUACCAAUUGAUGCAUUCUUGUACAUGACAUAUCAGAAAGGAUAUAGAGGAAUCAAAUGCAUUAUUUCAUCAUUUUUGGCCAAGUUGCAAGAAUUCAAUGCCAUGUGAUUAAGUAAUCAUUACAAAAUGGAAUAUUGGUGAAUCAUCAAGGAAUCUUCUCCUAAGCCAUUUAGAGGCUUCUCUGCAUCAGAAAUGAUCCCUAAAGAUCAGAUUAAAUCAAGGGCUAGGGCUUGGGAUCAAGAGCAAUCAAAUUGUCAUCAUUGCAUUUUGGAUAUUUCUUUGAAUUCCUUCAUAACCAAGAAACCAAAUUAAACUCACUUAGCAAGCUCACUCUCUACAAACACACUGAACUCUUUGCCUAUAAAUAAGAGAGCAUACCUCAGUAAUUAGACACACCAAAGCAACAUAAUUCUUGCUUUCUCUCUUCUUUCUUCAUACUUAAGUUUUUCAAAGGUUCUUUGGCAAGAAGACUCGGAUUCUUCAAACCAAAUCUCUUCCUUUGAAAUUAAAUAUUCAAACACAUCAAGGGAGGUAUUUAGAGGUGAUCUAAACCUCUGGAACACUUCUGUACAUGGAGAAUCAUCAUCUCCACCUCUCACUUGGAGCUGUUUCAGUUGGGGUCGAGCAAGAAGUUCUGGGCAGUUUCAGUCCAAGCCAAGCAUCUCAACACCUUCCUGAGGGACCACUGAAGCUAUCUGGAUCGUUGCAACAACUCUGUAGCACACUUUGAUCAGAGCUCAACCUCCAUUUCUGAGGUAAGUUUCAUGAACUUCAAACUCCAUAAUUCACGCAUGAUAAAUUAAAAAUGAAGUUACCAUUUGGUUUCUGCACCUUCAAGGAUCAUUAACCCUCAAUCAAUUGCAUCAUACCAUGCAUAUAAAGUAUUUCAUGUUAAUUUCCAGUUUUAGGGUUCUUAGUGUUCAUGCGUGCGACUUUUGAAUUACACUGAAAAUAAAUGAAAUCAAAGGAUACCAUCAUAAUCCUUGUUCAAAAACGAGCAAAAUCCAUGUUUACAUCUUUGAGUUUGGUUGAGAAAUGAGUGAGAUAGCAAAUUCAAAAAUUAUGGAAGCUUGAGGUUGAAGAUGAAGAUGGUGGCGCCAUUUUUUUGAAUUUCCCAGAAACGAGUUUAUUUUAUUUUGAAUGGUAGGUGUGUUAUCUACGAAUUCAUCGUAGUGUCCCAAUGGUUACAGCGCGCAUCCAAAAGCCUUGCCUUGCCUUAGGUCUGGGGUUCGAUCCCCCCCUAGACCUUUUGUUCAUUUUAUUUUUCCAACUCAUUGAAUGCUUUGCUUUCACAUAUAAUCAUAUGGGCUCUCUUCCUAAAUAGGCCACGCGCGUGGCCCAGUUGGAAUUUGUUUUGUUUGGUAACCUAUAGGGCGUGGGUUCAACCCUUGGCAAGACAAAACCCCUUUUUUUUAACACUAUUUUCUUUCAUUUUAUUUUAUAACUUCACAUGAUUAAAUCACCCAUCAAUUUAAAUCAUUUUCUUUUGAUUUUUUACACACUUCUCAUUUAAUAUAUCUACUUUGAGAUAUACCAAAAAAUUACUAAAAAAUAUAUUAUUUUAGUAUAUUUUAAUUAGGUUAAAAAAUCACAUAUUUUAAGUAUGUUUUAAUAUCUUAAAAAAUAUAAUUCUCACUUGAUUUUCAAAACCAAAUCUCUUGUAAAUAUUUUUGUGAUAAAACCCUAAUCAUUUAGGUCUUAAUCAAGAUUAGACUUUGUCAUUAUCUUAAUUAAGUUGACUGUUGUCAUGAAUUUAAACUGUUUUCAAAUCUCCGAUUAGCCGGACGGUCAAAGUUUUCAGACCACAAAACAGUAAUCAUUUCAAUUGCCAAUCAUUUUCAACUGUUUUUUUAUAAACAAUAAAUCAUUUUUAAUGGGCCUCUAAUAGAAUGUAAGUCCCAACACCUUUUUCUUUUCUUAGUUUGUUUUCAAAACUGUAUUUACAAAAUCUCCUUUGUGUUUUCAAAACAUUCUUCUGGUAUUUGAAGGGCAUUAUUCCCGGUGAAACUCUUCAGAUACCUAUGUGACCUUUGUCCAUCUUCACUUCUUCUGUUUUCAAAAACCUUUAACUGUUUAUUAUGAAUAUUCAACUGUUAUCAAUAAAAUUGCUGGUGAGGCUUUGUACAUACUCCUUCAAAGGCCUCCACUCCAUCCAGGUUAGGCUAUAUAGCUUUCAAUUUACAGUCUUUAUUUAAAAUUACUGUCAAAAUAUAAACUGUUUAUAUAUUGUUUAGAACUACGUCUGAGUGAAACCUUAGGACAGUUAAACUAUAUAUAUAUAUAUAUAUGUAUAUAUAUAUAUAUAUAUAUAUAUAUAUAUAUAUAUAU